GGCCCGGCUAAUCCAAAUUGACUCCAUGAAAGAUGACAGAGGAAGUCAUUGUUAUUGCCAAGUGGGAUUAUACGGCACAACAGGACCAAGAACUUGAUCUUAGAAAAAAUGAACGCCUGUGGCUACUGGAUGACUCCAAAACCUGGUGGAGGGUAAGAAACACUGCCAACAAAACUGGAUACGUGCCAUCAAACUACGUGGAGAGGAAGAACAGCUUAAAAAAGGGAUCACUUGUUAAAAAUUUAAAGGACACUCUGGGUCUUGGCAAAACAAAAAGCAAAAAAACUAGCACUCGAGAUGCCUCGCCCACACCAAGCACUGAUGCAGAAUAUUCAUCUAAUGGCAGCAACACAGAUCGAAUCUAUGAUUUAAACAUUCCUGCAGUAGUCAAAUUUGCCUAUGUAGCAGAGAGAGAUGAUGAGCUGACACUCGUGAAAGGUACACGAGUGGUUGUUAUGGAGAAGUGCAGUGAUGGAUGGUGGCGCGGUGCAUACAAUGGACAGGUUGGCUGGUUUCCAUCGAACUAUGUAGUAGAAGAAGUUGACGACGAAACUGCAGAUUCCCCAAGUUUUCUAAACUCAAGGAAAGGAGCUUCUAUGACCAAUGGCCAAAGUACAAAAGUGCUUCAUAUUGUUAAGACACUCUACCCGUUCAGCUCAGUAACUGAAGAGGAACUGAAUUUUGAGAAAGGGGAAACUAUGGAAGUAAUUGAAAAACCAGAUAAUGACCCUGAGUGGUGGAAAUGUAAAAACUCUAGUGGGCAAAUUGGACUUGUUCCUAAAAACUAUGUUGUUAUUUUAAGUGAUAGCCCUUCCAUGAACAAUUCCCAUAUUACUCAGAUAAGCUACACAGGUCCUGCUUGCACUGGCCGGUUUGCUGGUAAAGCAUGGUAUUAUGGUGGUAUAACCCGACAUCAAGCAGAAUGUGCCCUGAAUGAAAGAGGAAUGGAGGGAGACUUUGUUAUUAGAGACAGUGAGUCUUCGCCCAGUGACUUUUCCAUAUCUCUGAAGUCAUCAAGAAAAAACAAACACUUUAAAGUACAGCUGGUAGACAGUGUAUUCUGUAUUGGGCAGCGGCGAUUUAAGAACAUGGAUGAAUUGGUGGAACAUUAUAAAAAAGCCCCCAUCUUCACUAGUGAACACGGAGAAAAGCUGUACCUUGUGAAACCACUACAGUGACCCACCUGGAGACAAAGCAGCCCCUACAGGGUUUUUUUCCCCCCAACUUCAAGCCUUAGUUCUAAAAAAUAACUUCCAUGGAGCAGAGCCAUCAUUACGAUAGAAACAAAUGAGCAAUCUUAAUAUAAUGGCUCAGCUUGUACCACAAACACUUGGAUUGUACUUUUAUUUUUCUGUUCAGUGUUUGUCCUUUCUGUUUGUGUGUCACAUUGCCCUCAGGUUUAAAACCUCACUUAAGUGACCAUUGUAAGCACUCACUGUCAUGCCUUGGUUUAGAGUCUCCUAUUCUGCAUAUGUUUACAGUCUAAUGCUGGUUAUGGCUAGCAAUGAGUAGGAAUCAACUUGAACAGUGUUAAAGUAUUCAAAUCCUUUUUAUAAUAUAAGAAGUCUUUAUUGGAAAUAGACGCAGAUGAAAAGCACUGAAGCUGCAGUAAAAAAUUAUUGUAGACAUGCUGUAUCAAUUGUG